UGUGCUUCUACCCGCUAACUCGGCCACAAACAGGCUAAUGCGGAGGGCUUUUUGAACGAGGCUCUGCUCUGGAUGAACGAAAGGCUAGAUAGUUAUAUGCUUGUGAAUGAUUGUAUAGGGCUGCGUAACGUUUGUAUAUGUGCGACGCUCUCUGAUCUAACGUUACACCUGUACUACAUACGCGAUAUCCGGACGUGCGUCCAUCACAGCUGAUCGUGAUUGUGUGAAACGUUUUGCAGGCUGAAAACUUUAUUUUCAAUCUUUUGAGAAAAAAGCUCAUCAGCGAAGGGGGAGUGGCCGUAUAUGUUCGUUAAUGGUGGAAUCGGGGUGCGGUAUCUGUGACGGAGGGGCACGGCCCGUGGGUGGGGCCUCACAGCACCCGUGAUCAUGUCACGCCCCGUGGGGACCCGAGAGCUAAGGGCCACGCGGAUUACCCUUCUGGCCGUGUUAACGCUGUGUGUGGGUCUCUUGAUCAAGCAAAGUCACGCUGUCCCACUGAACGAUGUUAAGCAAGCUGAGUUUGUCCAAUCACUGAACGACUACCGAGUCAUUGUACCCGCACGGGUAAAAAGUACAGGGGAAUUCCUGUCCCAUAAUCUCCAUCCUCGUGCUCAUCACAACGUCCGGAAGCGGAGUGUGGAUGCUUCGCGGAGCGAUAGUGAAAAUGAAAGGACGUUGCAUUAUAACUUGACUUUAGAUAACCAACGCGUGCAUUUAGAAUUACGGCCAAAUGACAAGUUCCUCGGACGUCAGGUUGUUGUUGAACGAUGGAAGAGCCGGUAUGGAAAUUUAUCUGAUGUUUCUGUGCGGAAACUCAAAGAUAGGAAUGGCUGCCAUUAUAUUGGAACAGUUCGAGGGGAGACGUCGUCGAAAGCUGCCAUUGCUACAUGUCAAGGAUUGAUGGGAUAUUUUGAAUCGAAUGGAGAAGAAUAUUUUAUUGAGCCUGUGAAAGGUCACAAAGGUUCUUUGGAUGAAGGUCAUCCCCAUCUGGUGUACAAGCGCUCAGCGAUUCCUUCACACCUACGGGUAUCAUCAGCCAAUAAGAUCGAGGGAACAUGUGGUGUCCAAAGUGACUAUGAGGAAGAGAUUCGGAAGAGGGAGCGGUGGGAGAGACAUCGGCGAAACGUUGCAGGACGUAAAGGAGAGACGCGCGAGCAUCGCCGACAGAAGCGCUCCAUCUCUAUUGAGAAGCACGUGGAGACCCUGGUGGUGAUUGACCCUAUCAUGGUGAAAUACUACGCCAACUCUGACCUGGAGACUUAUGUGUUGACUAUCAUUAACAUGGUGUCGAGUGUGUUUCACGACGCCAGCAUAGGUAACGCUGUCAACAUAGUCCUGGUGAAGAUCAUCUUAUUGGAAGAGGAUCAGGAAGGUUUGACGAUUACCCAUCAUGCUGAUAACACUCUAAGCAGUUUCUGUAAGUGGCAGAAAAAACUCAACCCAAAAGAUGAGGCACAUCCCAAUCAUCAUGAUGUCGCCAUUUUGAUGACGAGAAAGAACAUCUGCUCUCGUAUGAACCAGCCAUGUGGCACCCUGGGCUUAGCGCAGGUGGCCGGGAUGUGUCAGCCCCACCGCUCAUGUAACAUCAAUCAGGACACGGGGCUUGCUCUGGCUUACACUCUCUCUCACGAACUGGGACACAAUUUUGGGAUGAGGCAUGAUGGGGUUCACAACGAGUGUGAAUCCCCGAAUACAGGACGUCAGCACGUGAUGGCGCCACACCUCAUGGCUGACAGCGUCCCCCUGGUGUGGAGUCCAUGCAGCAGACAAUCCAUCACACGAUUUACAGAUCGUAACUGGGGGUUCUGCCUGGAUGACGAGCCCUCCCCCCACGACUUUGAGUUUCCCGUGCUACCCCCAGGGACCAUGUAUGACGCGGAUCACCAAUGUACGCUACAGUAUGGGCCCAAGGCUACAGUCUGUGAUGGCAUCGAGAACGUAUGUGACACAUUGUGGUGCCGUGUGGAGAAUGGCUGCUCCACUAAACUAGAGGCUGCUGUAGAAGGGACACUGUGUGGAGAAAACAAGUGGUGUAUGAACGGGAAAUGUCAGAUGAUUGGGGACCGACCUGAGGCCAUAAAUGGAGAGUGGGGUGUGUGGGGUGGAUGGUCAGACUGUUCUCGGAGCUGUGGAGCGGGGGUGGCUUACUCCCAGAGGCACUGUGACAACCCACCGCCAUCCAAUGGUGGCAAAUACUGUAUAGGGGAACGAAAACGAUAUAGGAUCUGUAACACUGACCCCUGUCCAGAUGGGAAGCCCAGCUUCAGACAGUUUCAGUGUGCAGAGUUCAAUUCCAAACCUUACAAGAAGAAGUAUUAUGAGUGGGAGCCGGUACCAGCACCCAACACUCCCUGCCAGCUCCACUGUAAACCCAAAGACAACUAUUUCUCGGUACUUCUGAAGGACAUAGUGACGGACGGAACACCAUGUUCUCUGAAUGGACGUCACAUGUGUAUCGGAGGACGUUGUAGGCAUGUGGGUUGUGACUGGGGGCUGGACUCCAAUGCUGAGGAUGACCGGUGUGGAGUCUGCCACGGGGACGGGUCAAGUUGCUUGACUGUCAAACAACAGUUCAAGGACAAGCAAGGAAAUGGUUAUGUGGAAGCCACAGUAAUUCCUGAGGGAGCAAGAAAUAUACGUGUAGAGGAAGUCGCAGAGGCCACAAACUACCUGGCCCUGAAGAGUGACAAGGGAGACUACUUGCUGAACGGGAACUGGUUCAUCCAGUGGAGCGGGGAUUACGAGAUGGCGGGGACAGUGGUGCAGUAUCGUCGUGUGGGAAACAAGGAGAGUUUCGAGGCCUCUGGGCCACUCAAGGAACCCCUACAUAUCAUGCUGUUGUUUCAGUCCCACAAUCCGGGCGUAAUGUUUGAAUACACAGUACCCAAUGAAAAUGCCACGGAUGAGCGACACCCGGAGUUCUACUGGGAGUUCACGGAUUGGUCACAUUGUACUGUGUCGUGUGGAGGAGGUUCACAGAGGUCCCAUGUGAUCUGUAUGGAGAGAGAAGCUGGACAUGUUGACGAUCGCUACUGUAAUGCUACCACAAAGCAGGAUGAUCAAUCACGAUCAUGCAACAACCACCAAUGUCCAGCCAGGUGGUGGCUGGGACCAUGGCAACACUGUUCAGCAACAUGUGGCAACAAGGGACUCCACCGACGCACGGUGAUUUGUGUCAGAAGCUUGGGACCCGAUGAGCAGAUAGCACUUGAGGAUUCUGCUUGUGACGGUCUGGAGAAACCUACAUCUGUGGAGCCAUGCCGGAAAAAGAAACCUCCGUGCCCUGAGAAUGGGAACUGGGUGGUCGGAGAGUGGCAAGAUACAUGUAAUGGUAACCCUUGUGCCUAUCAUGAACGGACUGUGGAGUGUGACAAACCUAAGGCUGGUUGUGACAAGGCGACUAAGCCAGCCCACAAGCAGCAGUGUGGGAACAUCACCUGUGGUCAGUGGGAGGCGGGCUUGUGGUCACAGUGCACACGAUCUUGUGGUGGUGGGAUGCAGUACCGUAAUGUUUAUUGCGAUGGGGGUCAGUCAUGUGACCUGGAAAUGGAACCUCCUGCCGAGAGACAUUGUCUGCACGUGACUUGUCCAGAAACAACUGUGAAACCAACUAUGCCGAAACCAUCUACAACUACAAUGGAGAGUAUUACAACAACAGCAACGAGUACUACAACAACAAUAAAACCUAGUACUACGACAACAACAACAAGUACUACCACAACAACACCUCCAUCACAACCAAGCACAGCAAAAAUGACCAGUCCUCCAACAUCCAAAAGACACUCGGAAUUUUCAAGAGCUGAUAAAUACGUUUUUCCAACAGUGCCAGCUGUACUUGUUCCUGAAAAUGAGAAAAUAAGGGAAACAGCUGAAAGAAACUCAUCAGGUGAUUUAGAAGGACAUGUAAAGGCACCAGCAAAUAUUGAGAUUAUAGAAACAACUAAAGCAGAAAAUAUAGAACAGGCUGAAAGCGAAGAAAGUAUAGGCAAAGAAAAAGCUAAGCCAUUAACAAUUAAUAAAGGAUCUGAAAUUAAGCUUAUUGGGACAGCUGAUCAUGAUAUAGGUUCAGAGGAAAACUUAAGCGCAGAAAACUUUCCACCCGUAGUAGAGGAAGGUGGUUAUGAAAGUGAUCCAGUCAUCUCUGAGGGUGAAAUAGAAGAAGACGAACGUGGUGACUUGCAUAAUAUAAAUCUAGCUGAUAAUCAGCCUAGCAUAAUAUCAUCUAUCAACUCAGAAACUAAACUCAGUGGAGUCCCCUAUAGUAAGCAUCAGGAGGUAGUCAACAUAGCAGGAAAGCCUGGACUGGCCCACCCAAGGGCAGAGAACUCUAGGCGCAACAGGGGAGAUAACUCUCAUCAACUUCUACGGGACAACUCUAAAAGAAGAAGAACCUCUCUUAGGACUACUACUACCUCAACCACUACCACAACCACAACCACAACCACAACUCCACAACAUGUUCAGUAUAUAUGGUUGUCAGGAGAAUGGAGCAAGUGUUCCAGACACUGUGGUGGUGGAGUGAAGUCAUGGAAUGUCACCUGUGUGGAGAGUGACAGUCAUCAGCCAGUAGAAAACAGCCUCUGCGAGGAGAGUGAGAAACCUGCUAACAGAGUUAGUUGCCACACUUGGGCCUGUCAGGAGUGGAGCGCAACAGCCUGGACCCCAUGCUCCGAGACUUGUGGUAUUGGACUGGAGAAGAGGCAUGUACACUGCCCGUCCCACCAUGGCUGUGACCCUCAACACAAGCCUGCCCAUGUCAGGCCAUGCCAAGUGACACCAUGUAAAACCUGGGUGCCUGGAGAAUGGAGCAUGUGUUCCCGAACCUGUGGUCAGGGGGAGCAACUGCGGAUGAUCCAAUGUGUUAAUCUGACCAAUCAAAGGACAGACUCGGGAUGUGAUGAGAGAGAGAAACCAGAAGCACGAAAAAUCUGUCAAAAUGCAGAAUGCCCUAAACAAGAAGCAGCUUUAGUAAGUGAGUGUGUGUUGAACAAGAUGGGAUACCGUCUCUGUGAAGCUUUAAAGACAAGAGGCCAUUGUAAGAGAGCAUUUGUACAAAGAAAGUGCUGUAAAACCUGUGGAGUGGACUACUUUCAAGUAUACAGAGAAGCGCCUAGGAAACCUCAUCGCAAAUAUGGUUCACGUCGUCACUGAUUGGAUGUAUACUUCAGGAAAAUUGUCACAUCAGAAAAAAUCUCCUGUGAGGACUGAGAAAAUUUCUGAUAUGGCUGCAACCUCUACUCAAACUGAAGUUUGUGCUCAAUGAAUAUUCAGACUGUGGCAGAAUUUCAGCCAAUCGUUGAAUAUUUUCUGCACCCUAUGCUGAGGAACCUGAAUUUAGGAAUUCAAGAUGGCUGCAGGUCAGUGCAGGGUGGAAAGCUGAAAAGCUGUUAAGACUAUCUCUUCUCAUAUCCAAACAGAGUGAAUUUGUUGAAGGGUGGACUCAAAAUGAUUAAACUCAAAUCUGGAUGUUUUUUGUAUUAAAUUGUGCCAAAUCACAGUUUGUCUUUGAAAUUCAGUGUUGUUUUGCUGUCCUGGAGAAAACUGUGCUCUUGUUUUGCUUUGUGGACAUAUGAGAUACGGUACAGAUGGUAAUGAUGUUCCAUUUCUAUUUUGUGGACUUUGCAUUAGUUAUAAUAUGUCAUUCAGCUAUUUAAUAUGUUUAUACAGUACACCAGUGAAUUAAAUCUAAUGUUGCCAUGGAAUAGGCUUUAACACCUUGGUCUUCUCAGCUGAUAUUUGAAGACAUUCGGUAUCAUUAUAGAAGUAUUAACAAACACUAAUUUCAGCCCCUCUGUGUGGAUAAAUCUGUAAUCUUGUGAGAUAACUCAUGUGUCUGCUAAUAAUAUUAUACCAACAUGUAGGAUUUUUGAAUGGUUUCCAGAAGAGAUCAACUUCUUACAAGCAAAGUUAAAGGAUACAAUUUUGGCAGAAAGUCUUUAAAGAAGACUUGAGGAAAUAUAAGCUAUUGAUGUUUUGACGGAAGUAAGUAAGUAGUUAAGAGUGAAAAACUUUGCGCAAUUUGCAUGCAUAAAAACUUAUGUUUGUCAGGUUUACCUCUAAUAACAAUGCCACAGAUGUAUUAAAAUAUUUCAAAAUUUCUUCAAAUGAAUCUGCAUCACUUGGGAAAACUUUCUUUAUCUGAAAGUUUGAGAAUUUUAGAGUAAAACUUUUUAAUGACUCCAUUGAUCUUAUUAACAUCCUUUGCUGGACAUUGUUUGAAUCACUUCUAAAGCCCAGUGAAUUAUCUAGUAACGCAUGUGUCAAGAAGUAGGUGUUGACAGUAACAUUAAACAAAGAGAAAAACUUUCAUUCCUUUGUGAGUUGGUCAUCAUAAGUCUUGUCAUUUGGUGUAUGAAAUUUUGUGAUAUAAGUGUUUGUUAACUUUAUUGGAUGAUGCUGAUCGUAAAAUUGUAUACUGCAAAUAAAUUAGUUGUAGUUUAGUAUUUAUAGGGUAUAUGUCAUGUAUUUCACCAAGAUGUCAUAAUUUAAAAGCAAAAAGACAAUCCAUGUGUUUCUUCCCAAGACAAGGGUAUAGACCAGUUUUUAAAGACUGGCAUAUUAUCCAAAAUAUUCAGUUUUUUGAACAUUUGUAAUUGCAUGUAAAAUUAUAACUUUGCAUUUGUCUAUGGCAAAAUCUCAAGUGACAGUAUUUAUACAAUGUGCUUAAAUAUCGUCCAGUGUCUUAUAAUUUUAUAUUGUAAAAGUGAAAAUUGAUAUGCCA